AUGAAUCUCCUAACUUUCGACCAUUUGCUUUCACUCCUUGCCCCAUAUGCCAACAAGGAAACACUUUCCCUCCAAGAUGCCUCCAACAUUCAAUUGAUUAUUACUGAGGCAGUCACGGACUACUACGUGGACUUCCCCAUGUUGAAGUUUUUAUCUAGAUUCCUUACCCAACAGGCGUACGAGGAGAUCAUAGAGGAGCGCAAUAUUGAACAUUUAUGCGGGUACAUAAUUUGUAAUUCUUCACCAAAGCAACAAGUACGCAGAAGAUUAUCUGCACCUAAUGGCACAAUUACAGAUAUUCAGUCGGUCACAAAGUUUCAAAUUUACAACAGGAAGCCCUCCAUAAUCCUACCCAACACGUAUCUUUCACAAUACUGCUGUAAAGAUCACUAUCAGGCCUCCAUUUUCUACAGAAACCAGAUCUCCAAUGAGGCCCUUUUUUCUAGAAAGGACAUAUUGAGUGCGCAGCCAUUCCCGAAAAAUUAUCCAUCAACCUGGUACGAGAAUGGCAUAACUUGCUUGGAAGAGGUGUUAGCUAAACAUAAAGAAGUGAAGGAGCAAGGUAAGACGCUCAGAGACGUCAUAUCCAUGUUAAAUGGGUUGAGGGUCGGCGAUGAAGACAAUUCCAAGGAGACCAACGAAUUGGUCCAAUUGUUAAAUGAUUUCGAAAUCGUUGAAAAAGAUGGUGGUCUUGUAGGAGAUGAGGAAGAAAAGGAGGUGGAUGUUUCUAAAUCUACAAAUAGUUUAUUUCUAGAGGAAGAUGAUAUCGAUGGCGAUGACGACGACGACAAAGAUACCGAGACCGAGGGCGGUAGGUUCGCCAAUUCCACCGGAACGACUGCUGCUACGUCGACUUCUUCUUCUUCUACUUCUACACAAGACAAAUCUCGAUCCAUUGAAGGAUAUAUAACCACUGAUAAAUACUUUGGUGGCUACGUAGUAUAA